UCGCUGUCAUCGUCGCGACUUGGUCGCUCUCUUGCUCCGUGCUUCUUCGUUCGGUCUUCUUGCCAUUUUCCACUAUUCAUAUUUCAUUUGAAUGGGGCGACAAAUCCAGUUGUUGGCCUUUUCGCAAUAACUGUGCAUUCGUAUUGUUAUCGACAAAGCGCCUCCCAAGUUUUUUUGGGCUUCGACCUCAUCAGCAGAGCAGCGCUCACCCUCUCCAUCUCUCUGUAUAAUCCAGGUCAUCCUUGGCCAUCCAGCAGCCAGCAGCAGGAGCGCAGGCCAGCGGGGCAGCUGUCGCAUCAAUGAGCAGCAUCAUGAGGACGUCGCAGGACGGCCAACAGGCAGCAGCGCUGUCUCGACCCAAGCUCAAUGCCAGCAGCACAAUGCUCAAUCCGGAGGAGAACGAAGCAGUCUUCAAGAUGCUCGGGAGAAAGUGUCAGACACUAAACACGGCCGUUGUGCAAAUUUACAAGACCGAAGGCAAUGCUCAUUCGCACUGGAAGAAAAAACACACGGGAGUGGUGUGCUUCGUGAAGGACAGCGCCAUAAGGUCGUACUUCCUGCGCGCCUACUGCCUGAUCAAGAGCGAGCUCAUCUGGGAGCACGAGAUCUACGAUGGCAUGCAGAUUGUCAGAUCGCGACCCUUUUUGCUUACCUUCGAGGGCAGCGAUGGCCAUGUGGGCCUGAACUUUGUCUCCGAGGAGGAGUGCGAGGCUUUCUUUCGCAUUGUGGACGCCACCAUCGAGACGCGUAAUCGCAAGCGUCAGGAGAAGCGUAAUCGCCAGAAGAGUCAGCAGGCGCCCAAUGCUCCAGUGCCGCCGGUGCCACUCGAACCAAUGCGACCGCCGCCCAUGCAGUCCUCUGGCGGCGGAGGUGGCGGCAUGACGGCCACGGACGGUGGCGGGCCAGUUCAGCUGCGCAACAAUAAAAUCAAUUCAGUGACACUGACUCCAGCGCCCACAAAAAACUUCCUGUCGAGCAACUUUGGCCUGGGCAGCCAGGGCAAGGACAAGAAACGCAAGGUGACCAAAGCGGACAUAAGCCAGCCGACGAACUUUGUGCACAUCAGCCAUGUGGGCUGGGACGCGGACAAGGGCUUCGAUCUGACGGGCAACGAGGACGACGAGAUGCUGAACGAAAUCUUUGUGAAGGCAGGCGUCUCGGAGAUGGAACUGAAAGAUCGUGAUACGCGCGCCUUCAUCUACGACUUCAUACAGAGCAACAAUGUGCUGGGCACGGUCAAGCCGGAGAGUGAGAAAUCACCGACGGAACCAACGCCAGUGAGCGGAACUCACAUGCCGCCACCAGUGCCGAGCCGCCAUAAUCAUUCGCAGAAUGGUAACCAAAGAACCGCGCCUCCUCCGCCGCCGGCCAGGCAGCCACCACCCCCAGUGCCAACCACGGUGCCGGGUGCCACGCGUGCACCUCCUCCGCCCAGUCGGCCACCACCCAUCGGCAGUGCUCCUCCACCACCGCCCGUCACCGCACCAGCUGUAGCGCCACCUCCACCACCACCGCCGCCACCGGCAGCGGCGCCACCACCACCACCCCCGCCAAUGCCAGCUGGAGAAAUACCCAUUAUUACGACGACACAAGCACCUACCCAAGCAGUUAAACGAGCACCGGCAGCGGCGGCAGCGCCUCCAGACUCACAUAAUGCCCUGAUGGACGCCAUUCGCAAGGGAACACAAUUGAAGAAAGUGGAUACGGCUGCUCUAAGCACUGGCAGCGGUGAUUCACGCAGCGAUCUGAUGACUGAAAUACGGAUGGGCAUUGAACUGAAGCCGGCCACUGAACGGGAACUGGGCAGCCAACGUGUUAGCACCGAUGGUGGCCCUGGGGGCACCGAUGCCCUGGCCGAUGCUUUGCGUCGGGCACUAGCGGCCCGUGGCACUGCCAUGCAUUCGGAUGACGACGAGAGCGAGUCCACGGACAACGAUGGCGAGUGGGACUAAGCAGCAGACUAGUUGAGCAGCAGAUGACACACAAUCUAUGUGGCAGACACUAUUCCAAAUAUAAGCAAUAAUGAAAUAUGUGCUUUUGGCAUUUUGGUUUAUCGUUAGAUGGAUGAUAAAUCCCUGUAAAUACUGUUUAGUGAAUUUCCAUACCUCUUUAAUUUAAUUUUAUAGCAAACGCAAACGCAAAUGCAAAACCAACAAAAGUACUAACAGAUGAUUAACUUUACAUAUGUGUAUCUGUAUUAUCGGCAUUGUCGCUUUCGAUUGUUCCAAUUCACAUUUGCAUAUCCAUAAAACCUGCUCAAUUAAACACGUUUUAUAUAUAUAUACAUAUAUAUAUAUAAAGAUAGAUAUAUGCGCAUGUAAAUGAAUGAAAUGCAAACUUUGAUCAGUGCCAAAAAACUCGACGAGAACACCAAAAUCCAAACAACUUUUGUGACUUUUGUGAAAACAUCAGAAAUUGACUUUAACUGCGACUUUAUCGAAUGGGAUAUCCAUUGAUAAAAUAAGCAAAACUUAAAACUGAAUGAAUAUAGCAGAAUAUAUAUGUAUAUUUUAUAAAACUAUAAACACAUGCAAAUAUGUAAUUAAAAUCCGCUGUGCUUAAGACCCAGACAGUUCCAAAUACGUACGAUCAUCCGCAAGUUUAAUGUUUAAACUAGUAGACUUAUCCCACAGUUAAAUUCGAUAUAAAACGAGUUGCUCAAUAAUUAAUUUAAAUUCCAUACAUACUAACAGGUCGUUGCAAAAAUUAAAUGUAUUACCCUCUCCCUAACCACCACAAAAAUACUUCCACGUAAAGCGAAAGCUGUCUAAUACAACAUCCAGAAAAUGGAGCAUCUAGUAACUAAUAAGUAUGUAUUUUUCUUUAUAGAUAGAUAGAGCAUUUAAUGCAAAUUUGUAGUCAUUUGUUUUCCUUCUUUCUGUGUGUGUUUUAUGUAAUAUUUAAACAAAGGAUAACGAAAAAUAUGUACGGUACGACGGUGUAUUUUCAUAACUUUUUCGAAAUUACUAAACCAAUAAGCUUGUAUGAGCGCCAGAAAUCUAUAUGGAUCAGAAUUAAUAAUAUUAUAUUGUAUGUGCCGCAUGUCUAAUCAUGUUUCGCGCGAUCUAUGUAUUUGAAUACAUACUACUUACAUAUACUAAUAUAUAAGCCAUUAAUUUAUGUAAUAAAGUUGUGUACAUC